ACUAUGACCCUACAUCACUCUAUAAAUUUUGAGUUUUAACAAGCAAGUAUCCCAUCCAACAAUUAAAACAUGAAGAUAUAUCCAGCUUUCCUCAGUUUCCUCUUCAUCACCAUCUUCAUUUCACCUUCUGUCUCAGACCACUGCAACGCUCAAGACAAGAAGGUUCUUCUCAAGAUCAAAAAGGCCUUAGGCAACCCUUACCUCUUGGCCUCAUGGGACCCCAAAACUGAUUGCUGUGAUUGGUACUGUCUUGAAUGCCAUCCCAAUACCCACCGUGUCGUUUCCCUCACCCUGUUCUCCGAUGAUCGUCUCACCGGCCAAAUCCCCCCUGAAGUUGGCGACCUUCCGUACCUUGAAACCCUUCUUUUCAGACACCUCCCUAACCUCAAUGGAACCAUACAACCCGCCAUUGCCAAGCUCAAGAACCUCAAGAUGCUUCGCUUGAGCUGGACCAAUCUGUCCGGUCCAGUCCCUAAUUUUCUUAGCCAACUUAAGAACUUGACUUACUUGGACCUUUCAUUUAAUAACCUCUCGGGAUCCAUUCCAAGCUCCCUCUCAACACUCCCAAAUCUUGAGGAUUUGCAUUUGGAUAGAAACAAGUUAACUGGCACCAUACCAGAAUCUUUUGGUAUGUUUCCUAGCAAAAAGCUGUAUUUGUUCAUCUUGUCUCACAAUAAACUUUCUGGUACAAUCCCUGCCUCUUUAGCCAACAUGGACUUCAACACCAUUGACCUGUCGAGGAACUUGCUUGAAGGUGAUCCUUCAGUGUUGUUUGGCCCCAACAAAACGACAUUCGAAAUCGAUCUUUCUAGGAACGUGUUCCAAUUCGAUCUGUCUAAAGUGCAGUUUCCCAAGAGUUUGGCAAGGCUGGAUCUGAAUCAUAACAAGAUUACGGGAAGUAUUCCUGCUGGGUUGACGGAUCUGGAGUUGCAGUUCAUGAAUGUGAGUUACAAUAGGUUGUGCGGCCAAAUUCCGGUGGGAGGGCGGUUGCAGAGUUUCGAUUACUCCACGUAUUUUCACAACCGCUGCUUGUGCGGUGCUCCGCUCGACACCUGCAAGUAAAGGUGCACUGCCGACAUUAUUAAGUUAGGGCUUUCAUCAUUCAUCAAAGUGCAGCUUGGAGAGUUGUAAUAAGUGUCGAAACCAUUUUUUUGAAAAAAUAAAAAUUUUAAGUUGUCGACUUUAAAAAAUAAAAA